ACAACUGUUACAAAGUCGGACGACCCUUAUAGAAAGGAUCGAAGAAACCCAGCCCAAAACCAAUUUCAGACCCACAAAAGAAAUAACAGAAAAAUACUCAGCCCGGCCCAGAUGAACUCUUUUAAAAUCCCCUCCUCGCAACAAACUUCAAAGCAACACGCCAACACCCCAUUCUCGUCCCUUCCCUUUCUUCCUCCCUCACUGCUUGCUCUAGAAACCCCUAACUCCACCACUCCGCCGCUAAAAAAAAAUGGCCGCCGCCGCACCUCCGCCGCCGCCAACCCCGACUCCCAAUCCACCCACCGACCUGCCGCAGUCCGAUUCCGCCACCCCAUUCUCCCACACGCUCUUCUCCCGCAUCCGGCUCGCCACCCCGGCCGACGUCCCCCACAUCCACAAGCUCAUCAACCAAAUGGCCGUCUUCGAGAAGCUCACCCACAUCUGCUCCGCCACCGAAUCCGACCUCUCCUCCACCCUCUUCAACUCGCCCCCUUUCCAGUCCUUCACCGUCUUCCUCCUCGAAAUCUCCCACUCCCCGUUCUUCAACCCCCCACCUCCUUCUGGCAGUGGGUUCGCUCCAAUCGACCGGAUCGUCAGCUUGGAGCUUCCCCUGGUCGACCCGGAAGCCGAAUCGUUCAAGAGAGGCAGCAACGGUGCCGAGAACGACGUCGUGGUUGCUGGGUUCGUGCUGUUUUUCCCCAAUUACUCCACUUUCUUGGCGAAGCCGGGGUUCUAUGUGGAGGAUUUGUUCGUGAGGGAGUGUUACAGGAGGAAAGGGUUUGGCAGGAUGCUGCUGUCUGCGGUGGCGGCACAGGCCGUGAAGUUGGGUUACGGGAGGGUCGAAUGGGUCGUGCUUGAUUGGAAUGUGAACGCCAUUAAGUUUUAUGAAGAGAUGGGCGCGAAAGUGUUGCCUGAGUGGAGGAUUUGCAGGUUAACUGGCGAUCAACUUGAAGCAUAUCGCGAUGCUAUGUAAAAUGGUUGAGUGAUUUUGUAUUACUACUGUUGUUACUGCUUAUUUAUUAGGUCCUUUAUUUCCUUGUAAGAGUCUCUUUUACUGAACUCUGCUGCUGAAUUAAUGAAAUCCUGCUGUUUUUGUGCAAUUUUCUGAGUUGCCCUGUUUAUUUUGGAUACUCAUUUUGCCUUGUGAAUGGAGCGAUCAUAAUGUGCUUCAUUGGGAUAUCUGAGCUAGAAAGAAGUUUCAUAAUUGAUAAGGUAGACAACCUGUAGAUGAAAGACUUGUCCUGUAACUCUGCAACUUUUAUUUCAUCUUUAUUUAUGUGACAAUGUCUAGAUGCUCGAAGCUCGGUACAAUCAGGGCAAUAAGCUCCCGAUUUUCAG